GUCUGCGACAUUACAGACGACAAACAAGCUUCUUCUCGGUGAAAUGGAGCACUUCCCUUCUCCCAUGACAGAAAGCUUCACAGAUGCGUACCCUUACCAAAUUCAGUGAAAUACAGGGAUUGUCGUCGCGCGUACUAUCUUUCAGAGCAGCUCUAUGCCUGGUAUGCGGUAUCUUAGGAUUCGCGGUGCGUACUAAAGGGGAACGAGGACGAGAUAAUCCUCUUCUCUUAUCCGGGAAAGUACUCUACAAUCAAGUGCCUUUAAGCCAAACCGGUACCCGGCGGCUUAUCAGUUCGCGAAGCUCCGCCAAUACGGGCCUCAAUGGUAUCAUGGGCAAUGCAAAUACUCGAACAAGACCUCGAACUCCAACACGGCGCACCUGCCAUCAGGCUGAUAGCAGCGUGAGAUUGAGGAGGGAAUCGAGGGAUCACCUGGAAGCGGCGUCUGGGGACAAUGCGGAGACGUCGUGGUCAUUCGAAGGAGCUCUCUGAUUCCCGCGACGAAUGCAGGCACCAGGCGUACGCGGGGCUCGCCUGUCGAAGGCUUCGG